GUCUGCGGAAGAGAUAGAGCGUCUCGUCUCCAAGGGGUGGGGUGCUCCUAGCGCGCUGCCUUAGCAUGGGUUCGAGCUGCGGCCGUGUCUGCUGGAAGUGGGGGUCUCCCCUCCGCCGCCUCCCGGGUUUCAGCAGGCUGCUUUCUACAGCUGCUCUCGCUCCUCAGAUAUGUGUUGUGGGGAGUGGACCUGCUGGGUUUUACACCGCCCAGCACCUCUUGAAGCACCACAGGCUGGCCCGGGUGGAUAUUUAUGAAAAGCUACCAGUUCCCUUCGGCCUUGUUCGUUUUGGAGUGGCACCAGACCACCCUGAAGUCAAAAACGUAAUCAACACGUUUACUCAGACAGCGCAUUCCGAUCGCUGUGCCUAUUAUGGGAAUGUCACUAUCGGGAAGGACGUGAUGGUGAAGGAGCUGCAGCGGGCUUAUCAUGCGGUGGUUCUGAGCUAUGGUGCUGAGGAUAACCGAAUCCUUGGAAUCCCAGGGGAGAACCUUUCGGGGGUUUAUUCAGCAAGAGCAUUUGUGGGCUGGUACAAUGGACUGCCUGAGAACAGAGAUCUGAAGCCUGACCUAAGCAGCGAGACAGCCGUGGUCCUGGGGCAGGGGAAUGUAGCUCUGGAUGUUGCCCGAGUUCUGCUGUCUCCACUCGAUAUACUCAGGAAGACUGAUAUCACUGAAGGCUCCUUGGCAGCCAUAGCCUGCAGUAAGGUCAAGCGUGUGUGGCUUGUUGGGAGGAGGGGGCCCCUCCAGGUAGCUUUCACCAUAAAGGAGUUGCGGGAGAUGAUAAACCUGCCCGGUACCAGACCUCUCCUGGACCCUGCUGACUUUACAGGCCUUGGCGAUGUUAUUAAAGAUAUUCCCAGACCCAGGAAGCGUCUGACCGAGCUGAUGAUCAAAUCAGCCCGGGAGAAACCUGGUGAGAAAGAGGCUGCUCUUUGGGCAUCAGCAACCAAAGAGUGGGGCUUGAAAUUCCAGCGCAGCCCGCUGGAGGUACUACCCGCUACUGACGGGAAGCAAGCAAGAGGCAUCCGAAUGGCCGUCACCAGGCUGGAGGGUUCAGGUGAGUCUGCCAGAGCUGUCCCCACUGGAGAAGUGGAGGAGCUUGAAUGUGGGCUGAUCCUCAGCAGCAUUGGCUACCGGAGCCUCCCACUUGACUCUUCGAUACCGUUUGAUCCCAAACUGGGGAUCAUCCCCAACAGCCUGGGCAGGGUUCAGGGGGCACCAGGUCUGUACUGCAGUGGCUGGGUGAAGAGGGGACCCACAGGGGUGAUUAUCACCACCAUGAAUGAUAGCUUUGACACAGCCCAGUCCGUGCUAGAAGAUCUCCAGACGGGGGUGCUGAACCUUUCAAACUCCAAGGAAGGCUUCAAGUCUGUGAGGAGCAUCCUGCACAGUCGAGGGGUCCAUCCAGUUACCUUCUCAGACUGGGAGAAGAUAGAUGCUGCUGAAGUGGCAAGAGGCAAGCUGGCUGGCAAACCUCGGGAGAAGAUAGUGGAUCCUCAGGAGAUGCUGCAGUUGAUAAGUCACUGAAGAUGCCUAUGCACAGCCCUCUGGGUCUGAGAAAAUGACAGAUCCACAAUGUAUCCCCUGCAUCUCCUCAGCAAGUCCCAUUCGCUGCUGGCCAUGCCUGCCAUGGAGGAUUGGCACAGUCAGAACUGAUUGCUGUUCUUGGAUGCAUGGGAGAAGGUGGGUGGCUCCAGGGGCCGGUGGAGCUGUACGGCAGUGAGCUGGAACUGACUCUGGCUUCCUAAAGCAGACAUGAGUUUACACAAGGCCAUGUGCUAUUGACUGACUCCAGGUCUUUACAGCCUGCAGUCUUGUCUCCAGCCACCUUCCCUCCUUGGGUCAGCCCUAUAGAGGGUCACUGCAGUGAUCUGGGAGCUCGCUGUAGUUUGAGUCACUUGGGCGUUAACUGCUUAGUUGGACCAAGUGCCUCUUAGAGUGAGAGGCCCUGGCUCGCUGCUCUCCUCUGAUCAUUUACUGUACCUUUAAAGCCAGUGAGAGAAAAUGAGUGACCGUCACCUUUCCAUUCACACCAAAAGCCUGAAGCCAAAUGGCUUUAUUUCCUUGUAACCUGUGUCAGAGUCUGAGCAAGUUAUUUUCUCUCUUUAAAUCACCUAUAAAUAAGCCCUUUCUGGAAGAGGAAGGUGAAGUUGGAGCGACAGUUUGAGUGCAACCUCUUAAUCUCUGUCUGCAUUAAGCUUAGGGCUGGCUGGCCAGCCUAGGCCUGCAGCUAGCCUAAGAGCUGUGCAAAUGCAGGGCCGUUCUUCUCAUCCGCUGAGUGAGUGUUGCUUUCUGUCUGUCUGCAAACUUUACUAGGCAGUCUGUGUCCGUAAAUCCUGGAGAGUCCUCAUCUGCUCAACAGCACUUAAUGAUGAAAACCUAGACUGGGCUUGGGUUAUUUUAUUUUUUUAGCUGGGGGGUGGGAAAUUAGUAAAUAUAUAAUUAACUUGUUCCAGAAUAUCCAGAAUCAUCUGUGCAUUAGUAUUUCAGAGGUGCAGCCUGCCCUGAUUGUGACUAGCACCGAUCUCUUGGCCUUUCUGCCUUUUUAUGUAGUCUGUGUGUUUUGAAGAUUAUUAAACAGUCCCCUUUUCCUCUUUGACCAAAUCGAUCAUGUUUUAAAUGAUUCCAGGUUUUGCUGCUAGACCGAGAGCCCCAAUAUCCUCUGUUUAGCUGCAGAAGAAGUAUAGCAUCAUCCAGACUUCCUCACUGCUCUGCUAAUGUGCUUUCUCUUUGACCUGUAGGGGCUACCUGAAUGGCUGGACUGCAUUUAUGUCACAUGUAAACUGUUCAGAUCUGUUUCUUAUGACAGCAUCUGCAGAUCCCCCUUGUAAAUGUGACUGUUGUAGACCAGGUCUCUAGGUGUUAGGGGAAUUAAAUCUCUGUCCUCAUGCAACCCUUGGUGUCUCUGCUAAAAUGUAUCAGUUGUUUUGCUGUUUUGUUGCAAUGUGGACACCUGUCUGCUGGGAGGUUCCAGAUUGUAUUUCCAUGCUCAGCAUUUAGUCCAAUUUUAGACAAGACAGAUCUGGGCCUCAUCUCUUUUUUUAAAUCUCAUUUGCAAACUCAUUAAGAAACUCAGGAAAUGUGAUGACUGCUGGAAACAUCUAUGCAAAUUAGCAGUAAAGCUUGUUGAACAGCUGUUUGUGCGAAGUGACUCCUGUUAUGUCGUAAGGAUGAUGCAUUUCUAAUGUUAAACUCUGAGCUGGAGAUUACGUGAAUUCUGGAUUUGGAAAGGUGAUUAAGCUUUUUUUUUUUGGCGAGGCUGUUGACUGUAAAGUAAUGAAAUUGCUCUCUGUCCUGCUUUGGUGCUGGGCAUACAGGAACAUAACAAUAGAGGAAACAAUUGAAAUGCAUUGUGAGUGAGGUAUUUGCCUGCGACAUGAUGUGAUGGGCCAGACCUUGUUUGUCUGUAGUGGCCGGUGGUAAAUGCUUUUUGCUCAUGUCAACAGAGUUCACCGUGAAUGUUAAUCCCAAAGCAUUGUGCUGGCUGUUUACACGGUAUGGGGAGCGCAAACUUGGCUGUAAGAUGGGUUGCAGUUGUCAGUUCUAUACAAGCAGGGCUUCAUGCCAGUUUUUAGGAAGGGAAAAAUAACUGAGGGGGAUUGAAUGCUGUUACUUAGAUAGGAAUUUGGCCAGGCCAGGGGCUAAUGCCCUCCGGGAAGUGCCAUAGGACCAUUAAGGAUGCACAAGAGGUCAAGAUCCAGGUUUUAAUAUCUCAGGCAGAUGAAGGACUUUUAUUGACAAUUAUGUCAAUUCCUCUCAUGUUCAGUGUUCCUUUGAACUGCCUGUUCCAUAGCUGGCUGCAUGUCAUCUGUCCCUGACCGAGUUAAUUCAUCUCGGAAUGGAGAGCUGGUUCCUUUCCCCUUGUCUUCACUCUGCUCUUUCAUCUCUGUCUUCAGGGACCGGGGCAAUUAAAUCUCUGGUAAACUUCAUUUCCCAAUUACAGUCUGUCCAUUAGGUGGCGCUGUGAUGCCAUUAUUGUAACUCCUAAGAAGUACAGCAAGGGCAGUAGAGCCUUCCUAGG